AUAUUUGAUCUUACAAUGUGUAAUGUACUGAAGGUUGUACGGUUGAUCUUCACAAAUUCUGGACUAGCUCUACUAGCUCUGGCUUCCAAUGCCGUUCAUAAGCUCUGGAAGUGGCAGCGCAAUGAACGUAAUCCAUCUGGAAAGUCUUCUGCAUCCAGUGUGCCCCAGUUGUGGCAGCCUACUAGUGGGGGUCUCAUGUCUAAUGACUUGAGUGAUUCUAAACCAGCUGAAGACUCAGUUGCUUGUAUUGCCUUAUCUAAAAAUGAUUCUUAUGUCAUGUCUGCUUCUGGUGGGAAGGUCUCCUUGUUCAACAUGAUGACCUUUAAGGUCAUGACGACUUUCAUGCCACCUCCACCUGCUGCCACCUACCUUGCAUUCCAUCCUCAGGAUAACAAUAUUAUCGCUAUUGGAAUGGAGGACUCAACUAUACAAAUAUACAACGUGAGGGUUGAUGAGUGAAGGAAUCUUGUGUUUUCAAAACCAAGAGAACUAUCUCUUAUUUUUAAUGAACACUUUCUGGCUGUAACGUAAGAAACUGAAGGCACUGCUCUAGUCUAUGUUUAGCCAAGAAGCUG